AUGGCUGAAGAUCUGGUGAUGGAAUCAUGCAACCUGGAGUGUGAGAGCAACAAUCAGAACCACAUGACGGCUGACAUGGGCAGCCAGCAGCUCGUUGUGAGGAGGGGACAGUCUUUCACCAUCACGCUGCGCUUCGCUGGAAGGGGUUAUGAGGAAGGAGUGGAUAGACUUACUCUCAACGUAGAGACAGGGCCAUGCCCCAUCGAGUCGUCGGGAACCAAGUCCCAUUUCCCCGUCUCCGAUGCCCUCCAGGAGUCAGCAUGGAGCGCGGUCGUGAACCAUCAGGAUGGAACCUCUCUCUCCUUGUUGAUUUACGCCCCUCCUGAUGCCCGGAUCGGCCGCUAUACCCUGACCCUGGAGGCCUCUUCGGGGUACCAAGGCACUAGCUUCAGGCUCGGAGAGUUCAUCUUGCUCUUUAACCCUUGGUGUCCAGAUGACUCUGUCUUUCUCGAGUAUGAAGACCAGCGGUGUGAGUACGUGCUGACGCAGCAGGGCCUCAUCUACCAGGGAUCUCUGAAGUUCAUUGUCCCUAUUGCCUGGAAUUUCGGACAGUUCGAAGAUGAAAUUGUGGACAUCUGCCUUCAGCUGCUGGAUACAAACCCCAAAUUCCUUCGAGACCAAAACCGAGACUGCUCCCGCCGCAAUAACCCCGUUUACAUUGGCCGGGUCGUGAGCGCCAUGGUGAAUUGCAAUGAUGAUCAGGGGGUGCUUGCAGGGCGCUGGGACAAUAAGUACGAGGAUGGGGUGAGCCCCAUGUCCUGGAUAGGGAGCGUGGACAUUCUCAGAAGGUGGAGGAAGUACGGAUGCCAGCCAGUCCGAUAUGGCCAGUGCUGGGUCUUUGCGGCAGUGGCAUGUACAGUCCUGAGAUGUUUGGGAAUACCCACCCGCGUGGUGACCAAUUAUAACUCCGCCCACGAUACCAACAGCAACUUGGUCAUUGACCAUUACCUAGACGAAAUGGGAAACCUGCAGAAGACAUCCAAAGACAUGAUAUGGAAUUACCAUUGCUGGGUGGAGUCCUGGAUGACCCGGCCUGACCUGCCCCCCGGCUAUGAUGGAUGGCAGGCUUUGGAUCCAACUCCUCAGGAGAAGAGCGAAGGGGCAUACUGCUGCGGGCCAGCUCCAGUCAAAGCCAUCAAGGAAGGUGAACUGAGGCUGAAAAAAUACGACAUCCCGUUUGUCUUUGCGGAGGUCAACGCGGACAUGGUUUAUUGGGUGCUGCAGAAGGAUGGCUCCAGAAAGAAGACCAUCCACUCUUCUAUCGUAGGAAAGAACAUGAGCACAAAAAGCGUGGGCAAAGACGCCAGAGAAGACAUUACCCACAACUACAAGUAUCCCGAGGGAUCCGACCAAGAAAGGGAAGUGUUUGCAAAAGCAGAACUCCAGAAAAGUGACCUGACUGAGGAGGAGAAGGGCGUGAGCAUCAAGAUCAAGGUGUCCGAGGGCAUGAACAAUGGCUGCGAUUUUGACGUCUUCGCGGUCCUCAGCAACAACACCGAGACCGAACGGCUGUGCAGGCUCAUGUUCUGUGCCCGAACUGCCAGUUACAGUGGAGUCAUGGGCCCUGAGUGUGGGAUGAAGGAUCUUCUGAAUGUCGUUCUCCUACCCCAUGCAGAAAAGACGGUGCCCCUGCGUAUUCUGUAUGAGAAGUACGGCAGAUGCCUGACCCAAGACAACAUGAUCAAGCUGGUGGCCCUCCUGUCUGAGUACCAGACGGGAGAUAUCGUCCUGGGGGUCCGAGACAUCUACAUAAAGAACCCGGACAUUAAGAUUAGGGUUUUAGGGGAGCCAAUGCAGCAGCGGAAGCUGGUGGCAGAGCUCACCCUGCCUAACCCCCUCUCGACCCCUCUGUGCGGCUGCGUGUUCACCCUGGAGGGGGCUGGUCUGACCGAAGGACUGAAGACCCAGGAGCUUGCCAGCCCCGUUGAGCCGGGGCAGGAGGCGAAGGUCAGGGUGGACUUGACCCCCCAGCUGUCCGGCCUGCACAAGCUCGUGGUGAAUUUCGAGAGCGACAAGCUGAAGGGAGUGAAGGGCUAUCGCAACGUGAUCGUUGCCCCGCUGCCCAAAUGAAGCCGCCGGACCCGUGCUCGCCUGGCCCUGCCGACGCCGACAUGAGCCUCUUCUCAAGAACUAACGACGAUUCCCACAGAGACCAGAGACCUCGCCUCGCCCUGCACAGCCAGUCCCAAACGCUGGGCGCCUCCGCCAUUCGCUGGGUU